ACCCACAGGACACCCACAGGACACCCACAGGAUCCCCACCAGGACACCCUGCUGAGCCUCAGAACCCACAGUGUCCCCACAGCCAUGAAGGUGACCCUGUGCCUCGGGCUCGUCCUCGCCCUCGCAGUGGCCCCCAGCCUGUGCCGGCCCCCAGCUGCCAUGGGGGACCCCCAGGAGCCCCCCCAAAGCCUGACCCGCCGGGACUGGCCCCAGUACCUGUCCCAGGAGCAGCAGCACCUCCUGUCCCAGUUCCUGCCCCACGUCCUCACAGAGCUGAACAAGCACAAGGCCUUUGUGCAUGAGGACGAGGGGAUGGAGGCUCUGCACGACCACUUCUACCCCGACUGGAUGGACUUUGGCCGCCGCAGCGCCGAGGAUGAGGCUGGAGCUGUGUAGCUGCUGGGCUGGGCUGGCUGGGCAGGGCACUGCCACACUCACUGAAUGCCCUUUCCCUCAAUAAAACUCUGGCACCACG